GGGUAAAUCAGCCACUUUGUCCAGCAAGUAUUUGCAGUGCUGAGGAAGGAAAAGAGCCUACAUUUUAAGUUUAUUUUAAAAGCAUCAUCAUGUCAUACUUGAUUCCUGUCACUCGUAUUGGUGGACAAGGCGGUUCAGCAUUUGAGUUCACUGGUACCUCAAAUGGAGCCAUGCUGAAGAAGAUUUGGGUUUGGGUUUGUGGCUGGCAGGUGAAAGCUUUGAAGGUUUGGCUCACUGACGGCCAGUCCAACCAGUUUGGAAAUCCUGCUGGGGACUAUUCUGAAUUUACAUUUGAAGAUGGAGAGCAGUUUACGUCUCUGUCUCUGUGGGGAAAUGGAGCUGGAACACGUCUGGGUGCCAUCAAAUUCAGGACAAAUCGCUCCCGGGAGUUCUUCGCACACAUGACAGAGUGGGGGCUGAAAAAAGAGUACCCAGUUGAUACUGGAUCUGGGAUCUGCAUGGGAAUCUUAGGACGAGCAGGUUCAGACAUUGAUGGUUUAGGCUUCGUAUUCAUCAACACCAUCAAGUCUACUGUGCUAACAAAUGUUAACUACCCAACUCUUCAUCGGGUGGUACCCAGUGUGGCUGUUGAGGAAAUUAAAUCCAUGACUUACCAGAAUACAUCCACUGUAUCACAAGAAUACAAAAUCGAAACCUCAAAGAAAAUCACCAAAAAGUCUUCCUGGUCUGUGUCCAACAACAUGUCAUUAACCUUCAAAUUCGAAGUGCAGGCGGGAAUUCCAGAGGUUGCAGAAAUCAAUACUGGAUUCAGUUUCACAUUAGGAAGUGAAAGCACAUAUAAUUUGGAGAACACAGAGGAGAGGACUGAGACAGUGUCUCAUGAUGUCACUGUUCCUCCUGGGAAAACUGUGAAGGCAAGCAUCACAAUUGGUCGGGCCACAGUAAAUCUCCCCUAUACUGGCACAGUCCAAAUUACCUGCCUUAAUGACAGUGUUCUGGAGUAUCAAACCAGUGGAACCUACAAGGGCCUCACUUACACCAAAAUAAUUGUGACCUGAAAGAAUUACUAUAACUACUAGAACAGUCAGAAUUUAUCCUGCUGUCUCUGGAGAGCUUUGGAGCAGAUCAAAUAACCCAAAAAAUAAAUAAACAAAUUAAUAGAUUAGACUUUAUUAAUCCCACAAUGGGGGAAAUUCUUAUAGAGCAGAUAUGAUAAUGUAUUAUUAAUGCUUUUGUAGUUUCAGGGUUAGUUACAUUUAAAUUUAGGCACUGAAAAAGAGGGCUCUUUUUUCAGGAUAAAUCAUUUCCUAUUGAUGUUGGUUCAUUACUUUGUGGAUAAAGAUUUUAAAAUAAAAUCUCUUAAUAUGCAUAAAGACAUACUGUACAGUCUCCAAAACUACUUUCACUUUUAUUGCCUCAGAUUCUAUAUGUGAACUAUAUUAAAAUACAUUUACAAACCAUUAUACGUCAUGAAAUUGUCCAAAAGUCCACAACCCUUCAACAAUUUAUUAACCAAAAUUGAGAGACAUAAAAAGUAGUCAUGUACUGAUGGGGUGGAAUUUUCACCUUUUGCUGCAGCAGAUAACUUUUCAUGCCACAGCUCACUGCUGUGAUCCCAGCAGGUCUGGUCAUGAUGGUCCCUGUUAGUGAAUAUAGGAACCAGAAGUGAGAGGGAGAUGCCCCAACAUCAGAAGGAUUAAGCCACAGUCUGCACCAAGAUCAUCUUUGGCAAGCAGCAUUGAAAAGUUCAUGUCCUGGAAGAUGUUAAGUGAAACUGCUGAAUCUCAAUCCAAGAGAGUGAAAAUACUCCAUGAGAAAAUAUUCAUUUAUUUGUUGAGUUUUGAUCGCCUAAUAUCAAGUGCCAUUGUUAAAUAGCUCAUGUAGAAUUCUACAUCCAUCAAUGUGGUGCAAUUCAGUUUAAUGAUCAUGUUUUUAUUGUGUACAUCAUACUGAAACUGAACAGUACCUGGUUAUGUCAAUUAUCAGAAAUGUGUGUCAAAUGUACUGUGAUUCUGUAUUUUUGGCUUGUGUUUAUCAUCAUGCUGGGUUUGUUGUUUUUUCCCACAAUCCCAUUUAUUGCAGGGUGGAAUAAGUCUCCAACAAGUAACAUUGAAUUGGUCUGAAUGAUUUUGAUUGUAUCAUUAGCAAAAUACAAAACCAAUAGCUACAGAGGGUAGGAAAGAGGUUUUUCAUUUCCUAUUGUUCCAUUCAUUUAACUGUUUCUGCUUAUAUAUGCAACGCAUUGCAAGUUAGACGCCUUCCUCUUCUCCCUCUCCUCAUAAGGUUGCUUGCCACUAUGCUUCCUGUAUAAUUAAGAUUCUUUGGUUUCUAAUAUAAAAUUAAGGGGUAUUUUUUUUGUCAUGUUCUUACAUAUAACAGUAGUGUAAAGCCAUGUGUGUAAUAUAACUAUGUCUGAUGCUGUGUAUGGAACACACUGUGGUGCUCUGUGUGAGGUGAAAUGGCUGUUCAAGUGUAACACCAACUAACAGGUGGUUCUUGGACUGUGUGUAAGACUGGGUGCAUAGAUCAUGUGUGGUCAGAAGGUUACCUUCUUGAAUGGAAUAUUAGAGAGACUCAGCCUUAAUAAAGCAGCAA